AUGAUUUCCAAAAAGGCAGUUGGUCUCUUGACGACUGCGCUGGUCGCCCAAAUAUGCGCUGCUUCAACGAGUCAGCCCCGUGGUGACGAUGCCACUUGCAAGAAGACCACGGUCGCCAUCUUGUAUGCCCGUCCAUUUGCUGCUCCCAGGGAGGCGGAAUGGCCGGGAUCGCUGCAGCGGGGCCGUGUGAUCCACACCGACUUUGGCAAGGAUCCAAAAGGCAAACCGUACACUGUCGAGUUGGGAGCCAACUGGGUGCAAGGACUGGGAUCUCCGGAGGACCAGAAUCCGAUUUGGACAUUUGCCAAGAAAUGGGGAGUGAAAAAAACCUACUCCAACUAUAGCUCCAUUCUCACUUACAAUGAGACGGGCUUUACGGACUAUUCCUCUCUGUUGGAUGAAUAUGAAACCCUCUAUGAAGAUGCGGCCUCUGCGGCGGGGACUCUUCUUGCGGAAAAUGGGCAGGAUCAGACGGCUCGGACGGGUCUUGCUCUGGCCGGGUGGAGACCCAAAGUCGACGAUAUGGCCCGUCAGGCAGUGGAAUGGUGGGAGUGGGACUGGGAAGACUCAUAUUCUCCCGAUGAAAGCUCGUUCAUCUUCGGGGUCGCCGGGUCCAACUUGACCUUUAAUCAAUUCAGCGAUGAAAACAACUUUGUCUGGGACCAGCGUGGUUACAGCCGAAUUAUCACGCAGGAAGCCUCGACAUUCCUCCAACCGCACGACCCCCGCGUCCAACUCAACUCCAUCAUCACCAAUGUGACCUAUUCCACCGACGGCGUCACCGUCCACAAACAAGACGGCAGCUGCGUGUCCGCCGCAUACGCCAUCUGCACCUUCUCGCUCGGCGUCCUCCAAAACCACGCCGUCUCCUUCACCCCCGCCCUACCAGCCUGGAAACAAACCGCCAUCCAAAAAUUCACCAUGGGCACCUACACCAAGAUUUUCCUCCAAUUCAACGAGACCUUCUGGCCCCGCGAUACACAGUACUUCCUUUACGCCGAUCCCAUCCGCCGCGGCUACUAUCCCGUCUGGCAAUCCCUCUCCGCACCGGACUUCCUCCCCGACUCCAACAUCCUCUUCGUCACCGUUGUCGCGCAGGAAUCCUACCGUGUCGAGCGCCAAUCCGACGAAGUCACCCAGCGCGAAGUCAUGGCCGUCCUGCGGAACAUGUAUCCCGAUCUGACUAUCCCGGACCCCAUCGCUUUCAUGUACCCGCGCUGGUCGACCACCCCCUGGUCCUUUGGGAGUUACUCCAAUUGGCCCGCCUCGACGACCCUCGAGAUGCAUGAGAAUCUGCGGGCGAAUGUGGAUCGGCUUUGGUUUGCGGGUGAGGCGACCAGCGCGCAGUACUUUGGUUUCUUGCAUGGGGCUUGGUUCGAGGGCCGUGAUGCUGGGGAACGGAUUGCGGGCAUGUUGGGUAAGGAGUGUGUGAUUCCGGGGGAAUGUCAUGAGCGGAAGUAUUGGGAGCGGCUGCGUGGUAGUUCGCCCUUGGCGGAUUAUAGUGUGCUUGAUGGGUGGGGAGUGAGUAGUUUCUAUUCGAGCUACUAG